GACGGUCCGAAUCCGGAAGUGGCCGCGGCAAAGCGGUCCGAGGCCUGGGCCGGGGGCCGCAACUGGUGGCUCUGACAGCGGGGCCGCCGCCAUGAGCUGGAUUCCAUUCAAGAUUGGACAGCCCAAGAAACAGAUUGUUCCCAAGACAGUGGAGAGAGACUUUGAAAGGGAAUAUGGAAAACUCCAGCAGCUGGAAGAUCAGACCAAGAAGCUGCAGAAGGAUCUGAAGAAGAGCACCGAUGCCGAUCUGGCCAUGUCCAAAUCAGCUGUGAAGAUCUCUUCUGAUCUCCUCUCCAAUCCACUUUGUGAGCAAGACCAGGAAUUUUUAAACAUGGUGACUGCACUAGAUACAGCCAUGAAACGGAUGGAUGCCUUUAACCAGGAAAAGGUGAACCAGAUCCAAAAGACGGUGAUUGAGCCCUUAAAAAAGUUCGGUAGUGUCUUCCCCAGCCUCAACAUGGCCGUAAAGAGACGGGAACAGGCUCUGCAAGACUAUAAACGGCUGCAGUCCAAAGUGGAAAAGUAUGAGGAAAAGGAAAAGACGGGACCAGUCCUGGCCAAGCUCCACCAGGUACGAGAAGAGCUCCGGCCUGUGAAGGAUGACUUUGAAGCUAAGAACAGACAACUCCUGGAAGAAAUGCCUCGUUUCUACAGCAGCCGCCUUGACUACUUCCAGCCAAGUUUUGAAUCCCUGAUCCGGGCCCAGGUUGUAUACUACACUGAGAUGCACAAGAUCUUCAGGGACUUAACCCAACAGCUAGACCAGCCUGGUCACACAGAUGAGCAGAGGGAGCAGGAGAAUGAGACGAAACUGAGCGAGCUCCGAGCCCUUUCCAUUGUGGCUGAUGACUGAACUCUACACAGAAUCUUCCCUCCCCCCUUCCCCUUCCCCACCAGAGCAGAGCUCCUCCUGCUAUAUAUACUUUCAGACCCAGCUCUGUGGUGAAGGGCAAUAGCCACUGUAAAACUUUGCCAUGACCCACUGGAAAGACCACAAAGGCAUCAUCCCGCUAUCUUUUACUGGCCCUUAGACUUAAGUCUAACCUUCUUGAGCCAGAUAUUCUAUGUACAUUAGUGUAAAAGGAACAGCAAUAAGGGCUUUUCUUUCCCAAAUAACUGGCCCAACAUCUAUUUACACUCUCAGCCCAGAGCUUUAAGUAACUUGAAUCCAGCAGCAGCAGGUGUGUAAACAAGUCAGCUUAGGCUGGGCCAGAACAUUUAAAUCUUGAAGUCAGGGAGUUUUUUUGCCUAGAAUGCCGAUUUGCUUCAGCACUCUAGCCUUGCUUCUGCUGGUGAACUUUUCACUUCAAAAGUCAUUUUAUCUGAGUUAGUGAUAUGGCAAAUAACUUGAGGAAACAAACCCAAAGUUGUCUUCCCUGAUCUGCCAAGGCAGGCAAAGGAACCUGCUUGGGCUUCUAAGUAACUGUUAAGAAAAAGCUAGUCUGUCUUCUUUCUAGUCUUUGUCCUGUACCUCAACCAAGCGAAGAGUUCUAAGUUUUCCACUUCUGGGGUCUGGGAUCUAGUUUAAUUUAAUGUAACGUAAUGUAAAUUUCAUGCUGUUUUUCUAUUCACCUGUCAACUCAGGAGCCCCAUGGAAAGUCUAGGCUCCCCUGACUUCCAAUACUGGGGAUUUUAUUUUUUCAAGGAAAUUUAAAAUAAAUCUGGAACAUA